AUGGUGUCAGACUCAGAGCCCGUGGGUCACGCCGUGAUCCUCUUCUAUAAGUACGUGGAAGUGGAGAAUCCACUGGUGCUCAAGAAAGAGCAAGAGGAGUUAUGCGAACGUCUGGGACUUGUGGGUCGUAUCCUGAUUAGCGAGGAAGGUAUCAACGCUACGCUUUCGAGUCCGUCACGUGCCAAUAUCGACAAGUAUAUCGCUUUCCUAUGCACCCACGAGGUGUUUUCCAUGCGUAAUGAGGAUAUUAAGUACAGUAUAUGCGCACAGGAAGAGCCACCAUUUGUAGGGCUCAUUGUCAAGCACGUUAAAGAGAUUGUGUCGACUGGUGGUAUCGUCCCUCGCCCUGACAUGACGGCGUCGGAUGAGGACCGAGGAUAUUUGACGCCGCGGCAAUUCCACGAAGCGAUGCAAGAGGCAAUUGAGAACAAAAAGGGCACGAUAGUGUUGGACGUUCGUGCUCACAAGGAGUUUUUGGUGGGGCAUUUUGAGAAUGCUGUUGAUCCUAAAGUGAAGAACUUUUCCGAGUAUUACGCUUUUCUACAGACCCGAGUAGAUGAGAUGAAAGAAAAGAAGGUGCUUAUGUAUUGUACAGGUGGCAUACGGUGUGAGAAGGCAUCGAACUUUCUCCGUAGUCAAGGUGUGAACGACGUACACCAUCUCAAAGGUGGCAUUCAUAAGUAUCUCGAGACUUACCAAGAUGGAGGAUUUUUUCGUGGCAAGAACUUUUUGUUUGAUAAACGGGUUUUGAUGGGAGCAGAGAAAAGCAAUGAAAUUGUAGGCAAGUGCAUUGAAUGCCAGGCACCUUUUGAUGAAUUCAGUGGACGGAAAGUGUGCACUGUGUGUCGUGACCUGGUGUUGGUGUGUGACAGAUGCUACUAUGCUCGUCAUGGCGAGGUGCACUGCACAGAUCACCAGUACCUCAAGCACUGCUACGUCACAUUCCUGCAGUACAUGUCGCGUGCUGAAUUGCUAGAACAUCAGAGAGAACUUGAGAAGAUCCUCGUGGAAUUAUUGGAAGACAAGCACAGCAGCAAGAACAAGCGUCGGUCCAUUCGCAAUCAGGUCAACAAAAUCAAAUCUCGUCUAGAGACGAUCGAUGCCAACCCGGCAGCUGCUGCAGCGGUAUUGGCCUUAGAUCCUCGUCCUAUCCACUGCCGUACUUGCGGUCUGGCGACGUGUAUGGGCAAGUGCUGGGGUUUCUGGAGCGAUAAAGUACUGCUUCCACCUGCACAAGUUUAG